UGAAGGGGAGGGACUGAACCCUGAAGCUCAAAGCAGAGAAUCCUGUCUGUCCUCACUGCUGGCUGGUUUGUCUGCAGUCCUCGUGAAUGAAACCAGUCUUAUGUGCACAGUUAGUCAAAUUCAAGAGAAAGUCUGACUCAGAAGAGGAGAGAGAGGAUGCUCUGAUGUAGGAUGAAGGAAGGUUAGUUUUUCCGUGACUUUUCUUGUUUUUAAAAACUUUUAGCCAUGUUGUUUUGGCUUUAUUCACUUGCAACAAAGUUGCAGCCUUAAGAAGACUUUUUGUUUGUUUGCUUUUUUUAAUGAUACUGGUAACCAUGAAUAAUCAGUCGAUGACCGGGAGGACCAUGGUCCCGACCAUCCCCUCCAUCAUGUUUAUUUUUGGGGUGGUCGGGAAUCUCAUCGCCAUCGUGGUCCUUUGCAAAUCUCGCAGAGAACAGAAGGAAACCACGUUUUACACGCUCGUGUGUGGACUGGCCGUCACGGACCUCCUGGGCACCCUGCUGGCAAGCCCGGUCACCAUCGCCACGUACGUGAAGGGCUCGUGGCCCGGAGAGGACCCGCUGUGCCAAUACUUCGGCUUCACCAUGCUCUUCUUCUCUCUGGCGGGGCUCAGCAUCAUCUGUGCCAUGUCGGUGGAGAGAUACAUCGCUAUCAACCAUCCGUACUUCUACAAUGACUAUGUGGACCAGAAGCUGGCCGGAUUUACGCUCAUUGCGAUCUAUGUGUCCAACGCACUCUUCUGCGCCCUGCCCAUCGUCGGCUUCGGUCAGGUGAAGAAACAAUACCCGCAGACUUGGUGCUUUCUGGAGUGGAGGAGCAACAAGACCAGCGACGCCGCCUACUCCUACAUGUACGCGGGCUUCAGCUCUCUGCUGAUUCUGGCCACCGUCAUCUGUAACGUGCUUGUGUGCGAGGCUUUGAUCCGGAUGCACCGGCGCUUCGUGCGCAGGAUGUCGCUGGGAACGGAUCUGGCGCGCAACGUGGAUCCGAGGAGGCGAGGGCGCAGCUUCGGGCAUUUGGCUGGUGCGGAAAUUCAGAUGGUAAUCCUGCUUAUAGGCACAUCAGUAGUGGUGCUCAUCUGCUCCAUCCCACUCGUUGCUCAGGUGUUUUUGAACCAGCUCUAUAAAACUCCAGUGGAGCUGCGGCUGGACAAAAACCCGGACCUGCGAGCCAUUCGCUUUGCAUCUUUUAACCCCAUCCUUGACCCCUGGAUCUACAUCCUUCUCCGCAAAGCCGUCCUUCUCAAACUCAUUGAGAAAGUCAAGUGCCUGUUUUGCAAGAUUGGAGUGAGAACGCAACAGCGCCAAGGAAACUUUCACUGUACAGAUGCUCAUCAGCUUUCCUCUGCCAUCUCCAGUCAGGACCCUCACUCCUUGGUGACCCGAAAUCUGCAAGACGCCACAAACACUUCACAGACUUUUCUCUAUCCGCCUGAAGAAAGUAAACCAUGCAUUCAAAAUUCCUGUAAGAUGGACAGCCUUGGUUUACAGCCAUCUUCACCGAGAAACUCACAGGCUUCAUAUUCAUCUGAGAAGGGCAGCACUGUAUCUCAGACUAAGACAGAGAUCACCCCUGAUCUUUCAGAUCUACCUUGUCUAAAAGAUCCAGCGCUUCAGGUGACUCUGAACACAGAGACGGUGGAGGAAAAGUGCAUCUGACUAGAAUGCUGGCUGCUGAGAGAGUAUUUCAACUUUUGAAAGAGAGGAAGACGCAUGCAAAUAAUAAACAUCCUUCUUAUGAUGUCAGACUGUGAGAAAGUUCUGUGACUGUCAGCUGCCUCAGCAAAGACUGACUGCACAAGUUCAGACAUUCUGCAGACAUAAACGCUCUUAUUUUGAUGCCAGCUUUGACGUCUGACCAUCGAGGAACUCUUGGAUGUAAAGUUACAUUUUAAAGUCACAGAAAACCUUCUUGUGUCUUAGUAGUGCGUGUCCGACUGCCUAAAACAAUGUGAUUGAUUGAAGCUUUCAAUAACUUUUUAUUUAUCUGUUUAGUUUGGUGGCAUUUGUUCAUGACCAGCAUAAGUACAUCUCAUGAAUAUGUAAUUUACUAACUAUCUUACAUUGAGGGUACAAAGAUUCCUGAAACAUGGGAAUUGCAAACAUUAUUUCCUGUACUGCAGAAAAUUAAUUGAACUAUUUAGACGGAUGUUGACUGAAGUGGAAUAGUGGCGUCACUAGAGACAGAAAAGUAGCUUUCAUUCUUCUCCAGGAGAAGGUUCUUGUUCAGGAAAACACAUGUUUUAAUGGGUUUAUGAGUUGAGAAGAAACAUUUGUGAAAUAUGAUGUCCAUGUAUUAGUAAAAGUUUAAGCAGUUUCCAGUUUGCUAAAAGAUUUUUUUUCCAGUUUUUAGUCCAGAAUCAAAGUUAAAGCCUUUUUACUAAACCCUGGUUUUCAUAAAGUACACAUUGAAGGUAGAAUGAUUGUAAAAUUUUAAUUCGUAGGAAAAAAAACGGAAAUGAUAUGUGUACCUUCAAUUAUUAAUGAAAUUGUAAGAGAGAAGGGAAAAAAAACGACAUUCUAGCAUAAACGAAAAGUAGAUUUCUUAGUUCAAACUGAAAGCAGAGAAAAUCUGUAAAAUCUCUACAAAUUAAGACAUCAAAUACCUUUGAACUGUUUCAGCUCUUAUCGUUUUAGCAUCUUUAUGAUGUACAAUAUUUGGCAUCAGUUCACUGAUGACACAGUGGUGUUUUUUUGUUUGUUUUUUUUUUAUUUUUUGGGUCCCUCCAGAUAUUUUUACACUGUGCCUUCUGUGAUUUGGCCUAAGUCUCUUGAACAACUUAAUUUAUUUUUGAACCACUAAAAUGAUGCACUUUAUUUUGAAAAUCAAGAGUGAUAUUUGGAAGUAGCAUUCUUGAAAAAGUGUUUUAGGUUUUCUGACCCUGUAUGUUUAAGAUUACAGUACAAAUGACGGAAAACCAGAAAAUAAAUAUGUAAAAGUUGCAGCUGUGUUUUAUUGUUUAUACUGUUGCUUUCCAAAAACGUUGACUUUGACGUGUUAUUCAUUUAUUGUCACUAUAAAGUGGAACUUUUUCAAACAUUAUUUGUAAGUCUGUUUCCUUUUAGAAAAUUUGGAGAAAGUAUCUUGUGACCCCAAUUAACCAAACAAAUGACAGAGUGCAGCACUCAGGAAAAAAAAAAAAA